GAUACAACACUUUAUGUCAGUUAUCUGUCUAUGAAUUAGCUUUCUAGCUUUGUGUUGCAUCUCAUAAUCCAGCCAGGCUUUGUGUUUUCUUGUAGUUGAUUUAAUUCAGUAAUGCUAAAGGGACGUAAAACGGUGUAAAACCGCCCAGACCUAGCUAAGUGGUAGCGUAAGUCGGCGUGGACCACUCAUGGCUGUAGCUCCAGUCGCAGGUUAUUACUUCUUGAAAAGGUGUUUGGAGGCUAGCCAAAAUGAUCAGGGCUAGUGGGGCUUUGAAGUUAGCAGCACUCAUCGUUACAUUUCUCUUAGCUGUCUUCCUGACUUUUCAGCUGCUAGAAAUUAAUAUGGAUUUUAGUCUGGGCAACGUUAUUGCCAGGUCUAUGCCGGCAAAUGAAGGCUCAACUAAACCAGUUACAUACAAAUGUGGACUGACUAAAGCUUGUCCCAAAGGACACUUUGCCUUCAAAAUGGCAAGUGGAGCAGCCAGUGUGGUGGGACCCAGAAUGUGUCUGGAGGAUAAAAUACUCAUGAGCGGUGUGAAGAACAAUGUGGGGAGAGGAAUCAACAUAGCCCUGGUUAAUGGGAAAACAGGGGAAGUUAUAAAGACGGCCGUCUUUGAUAUGUGGGCAGGAGAUGUUGGACCCUUUAUUAAAUUCCUGAAGGAAAUAGAAGAUGGGACAGUGGUGAUGAUGGCCUCAUUUGAUGAUCCUGCGACAAAAUUAAAUGAUGAAGCCAGGAAGCUAGUUACUGAUCUGGGCAGCUCCAUUAUCAACUCUGUAGGAUUCCGUGAUAACUGGAUCUUCGUAGGAGGGAAAGGCAUCAAGACCAAGAGUCCAUUUGAGCAGCAUAUAAAGAACAGUGCAGACACCAACAAAUUCGAGGGAUGGCCUGAGGUGUUGGAGAUGGAUGGCUGCAUACCCCAGAGACAGGACUAAGUCGUUGCUGUAACGGUCACAUAGUUUUCCUUCUCGUCCAUCCGCCUCAACCUCCUGACAGUAUGAGUUUUCUCCUGGUUCUCUAGGAAAGAAUGGUUAUAUUCCACGUCAGCCAUGAACAAACUGCUCAGGCUGUCUUGCACUUCGGCUCCUCUUUAGUUGACUUUAGAUGAUUUUUAUUUGGACUAGUUAUUGAAACUAGUAGGUAGAGUGCACUGAUUAAAAGGGACUUACUGAUUUUUGACAUACUACCACAAUUUCUGUUGUUCAAACCCAAAGACUUUGCUGUGAUAGUGUUGCACUGCUGAAAAGAAUUUCAUAGCCCAGAUGUUUAAUGCUGUUCAAAAUACACGUUGACUGUACCUUUGCCUUAAUCGAAUUGUCCUAUACGUGUUCUUUUGCAUCAACAUGCCUUUGUGAUUCCAUUUUGCUCUUUUAUUUUGUUACUGUAUGUUUCUUUUGUAAGAUUAUAAUUAACAGGGUUUGAAGAUCCGUCUUUUUGCUCUAACCAAAUGUACCAAAUUCACUGUGAAAUUUGUAAAUAUUUGCAGAGAAGGAUCCUGCUUUGAAGGAUCCUAAUUUAAUGAACAGUGUAAUAAUAUAAUUCUUAAAAUAAAUGAUAUUGUUAGUAAU